UUAAUUACUUGUUUAGCUUAAAUAUGUCUAUUAUGAAUAUGCCAAUGACUGACAAUAUAUAUGCCAAUGCCAAUGGCAUGGAGCAUCUGUUAAAAAACACUUUUUCCUUUGUAUUUUUCCAUUUAUUUCUUCUCUCUUAGAAAACCCCAUUCUUGUUCACUCUUCUUUUUUGUUUGUUUCCAUCGGGAAUCAGAAAACAAAAACCAGUGGCACCGACAACCGGUUUUCCGAUCCCUGUUCUUUCACCCCCUUUUUCCGACGGCCAUGGGAGCAAUGAAGAAAUGGUUGAGUUGGUCUCAAAUGGUAGCCAGCAUGUUGUUGGUACAACUAUUUGCAACAGGGCAACAGCUUCUUUCUAAAGUUAUAUUGAAUCAAGGAACCUUCAUCUUUUCAUUCAUGGCUUACCGACAUUUAGUCGCCGCUCUCUGUGUCGCUCCUUUUGCUUUCUUCCUGGAAAGAGUUGAUUCAAAGAAGAUGGCUUGGUCGACAUGGGUAUGGCUCUUCAUCAAUGCCUUGACAGGGAUAACAAUGGCGAUGGGACUGUUUUAUUAUGGUCUUCGAGACACAACAGCAACAUAUUCCACCAACUUCCUCAACAUAAUUCCCAUUGUCACCUUUGUUUUCUCCAUCUUUUUAGGAAUGGAAAAGCUGGGAUUAGGCAGCAAAGCAGGCAAAAUCAAGACGGUGGGUGCAAUUAUAUGUGUUGGAGGAGCGCUGACAACGAGUCUUUAUAAGGGAAAAGCGUUCUAUCUCACGCAUGAUCAUCAUCCCCAUUACCACUCACCUGCUGUUGCUGCUGCCAUGGCAGUCUCGAGUCCUCACUGGACUCGUGGUACUUUCAUGCUCGUUGGUAGUUGCGUGUGCUAUGCUACUUGGUACAUAUUGCAGGUGAAGUUGCUGGAAGUAUUUCCGUCGAGAUAUCGGGCAACGCUGAUAACAUGCAUCAUGGCGUCCGUACAAUCAACAGCCAUAGGCCUGUGUUUAGACAGGAGUAAGGCUGCUUGGAGAAUAGAGUGGAACUUGCAGCUAGUUACUAUAGUUUACUCGGGAGCACUAAGUACUGCAGCAACAUUCUGCUUACUUACAUGGUCGAUUGCUAAGCAAGGCCCUACUUAUGCCCCAAUGUUCAACCCGCUGUCCUUAAUAUUCGUUGCCAUAUCAGAAGCUUUAUUGCUCGGUGAACAGAUGAGACUCGGAAUUGUGCUAGGCACGGUUAUGAUAAUAGUUGGAUUGUACUCAUUUUUGUGGGGAAGAAGGAAGGAAACGAAACCGUUAGGUCAAGCAAGUGCAGGUGAUGAAACAUUGACGGCGAAAGCGGAUCUGGAAUCGGGAGAGAUGCAGUUGAAGAGCUUUGUAAGACCAUCACCUGUUAAAAGCGUUUAUGCUAAGGAAGGAGGAGCUCUAAAAGAUAGUGUAAUAUCUUGGAAUCAAUAGGAACCCCAUUUUUUUUGUGAAGGUCAUGUUAAUACUCAGAAAUGUUAACUUACCUUAGUUCCAAGGAAACUAGCUAGGCUGUUGAUUUCACAAAUAUUUGGAUGAAUAAUUUAAAAGGGUUCUCUUUCAAAUCAAGUAAUGCAAAGUUCAUGCAUUUUACAGUA